AUGGAAGUUCCGACCGCAACAUCGUUGCGCGACAUCUAUCCCGAGGACACAGUGCCUGUAGAGAAGACGCGCUGGGAAUCACUACUGGCCAAGUUUGAAGAGAGAUAUGGCAAGGAGGCGGAGUUCGUAUCGCGGAGUCCUGGGAGAGUCAACAUCAUUGGAGAGCACAUUGACUACUCCUUAUAUUCCGUGCUGCCCAUGGCAGUGACGGCGGACUUCCUCAUGGCCGUAGCUGUUCGGCCCGCCGACGAGAAGCCGCGUAUACGCAUAGCCAAUGUCCAAUCGGAGAAGUUCCCAAGCCGAGAGUUCGAGAUCCCCGCGGAAGGAGACAUACCCAUUGAUGCAUCAGAGCACGAGUGGACGAAUUACUUUAAGUCAGGGCUUGUGGGCGUGUCAAAACUACUCGCGAAGAAGAAGGGCAAGCACUUCGUCUCUGUGGGAAUGGACAUCCUUUGCGACGGCACAGUUCCGAGCGGAGGAGGCUUGUCAAGCUCAGCGGCAUUUGUCUGUACGAGCGCAUUGGCCGCCUUAAAGGCCAAUGGGGAGGAGAAGGUGGACAAGAAGGAGCUGUGUGAGCUUGCCAUAGUGUCAGAACGAGCUGUGGGUGUCAACUCAGGAGGAAUGGAUCAAGCAGCGUCGGUCUUCUCCUUACGCGGCACUGCCCUUUACGUCACCUUUAAACCUAACCUCGACUACACAACCAUCAAGUUCCCGGAAACGGAUCCCGAACUAACGUUCGUAACAGCACAGAGCUUCGUUGCCGCAGACAAGCACGUCACUGCGCCCGUGUGCUACAAUUUGCGCGUCGUGGAGUGCACGUUAGCGGCUGUCUUUCUGGCUAAAGCCUUUGGUCUGAAGCGUGAGCUGCCAACCGACUCCUCACCACUAGGAGUCAGCUUACGGGGCUUUCAUGACACGUUCUAUGAGGAGAAGAGAGGCGUAGAAGACAACACAAAGACGUCGGUUGAGGACUACCAGACGCAGCUUACGGAGCUCAUUCAGCUGGUUGAAGACUACCUUCCACAGGAGGACGGCUACACAAGAGAACACAUCUGCACUAUGCUGGGAAUAUCCCAAGACGACUUGAACAAACGGUUCAUGGCUAAGUUCCCUGUCCGUGCGGAAAAGUUCAUGCUUCGCCAACGCGCACUACACGUAUUCAGCGAAGCGUUGCGUGUUCUCAAAUUCCGGGCUCUCCUCUCUUCAACCCCAGGCAACGGAAAGGAAUUCCUCAAGUCCCUUGGUGACCUGAUGAAUGAGACUCAAACCUCCUGCCGCGAUGUCUACGACUGCAGCUGCCCCGAGCUCGACGAGCUAUGUGAAAUUGCGAGAGCAGCAGGUGCUCUCGGCAGCCGCUUGACUGGUGCCGGAUGGGGAGGCUGCAGUGUACAUCUCGUGCCAAAGGACAAAGUGGAGGCGGUCAAGAAGGCUUGGGAGGAGAAGUAUUACCGGAAGAAGUUCCCGAAUAUAACCGAGGAGAAACUCAAGGAGGCUGUGGUGGUGAGCCAGCCUGGCAGUGGGAGUGCGGUGUUCAAGGUGGUGGGCAAGAGCGUAGUCUGA